GGCCAUGGUGGGGCAGAGGUUGGGAAGAUGGCGUGGCGAGGCUUGUCGCAGAGAGGUUGGGGCUGUGGUCCGGCGUGGGCUCCACCGGCGGGCGGCCGCAGCUGCGAGGAGCUCACUGCGGCCCUGGCUCAGCCGCGGCUGCUCGGGCGCAGGUUUAACUUUUUUAUUCAGCAAAAAUGUGGAUUCAGAAAAGCACCCAGGAAGGUUGAACCUCGAAGAUCAGACACAGGAACAAGUAGUGAAGCAUACAAGAGAAGUGCUUUGAUUCCUCCUGUAGAAGAAACAGCCUUUUAUCCUUCUCCCUAUCCUAUAAGGACUCUUGUAAAGCCUUUGUUUUUUACUGUUGGGUUUACAGGCUGUGCAUUUGGAUCAGCUGCCAUUUGGCAAUAUGAAUCACUGAAAUCCAGGGUCCAGAGUUAUUUUGAUGGUAUAAAAGCUGAUUGGUUGGAUAGCAUAAGACCACAGAAGGAAGGAGACUUCAGAAAGGAGAUUAACAAGUGGUGGAAUAACCUAAGUGAUGGCCAGCGGACUGUGACAGGUAUCAUAGCUGCAAAUGUUUUUGUAUUUUGUUUGUGGAGAGUACCUUCUCUACAGCGGACGAUGAUCAGAUAUUUCACAUCCAGUCCAGCCUCAAAGGUCCUUUGUUCUCCAAUGUUGCUGUCAACAUUCAGUCAUUUCUCCUUGUUUCACAUGGCAGCAAAUAUGUAUGUCUUGUGGAGCUUCUCCUCCAGCAUAGUGAACAUCCUCGGUCAGGAGCAGUUCAUGGCAGUGUACUUAUCUGCAGGUGUUAUUUCGAAUUUUGUUAGUUACGUGUGUAAAGUUGCCACAGGAAGAUAUGGACCAUCACUUGGUGCAUCGGGCGCAAUCAUGACUGUCCUUGCAGCUGUCUGCACUAAGAUCCCAGAAGGGAGGCUCGCCAUUAUCUUCCUUCCAAUGUUCACGUUCACGGCAGGGAAUGCCCUAAAAGCCAUUAUUGCCAUGGAUACAGCAGGAAUGAUCCUGGGAUGGAAAUUUUUUGAUCAUGCAGCACAUCUUGGGGGAGCUCUCUUUGGAAUAUGGUAUAUUACUUAUGGUCAUGAACUCAUUUGGAAGAACAGGGAGCCUCUAGUGAAAAUUUGGCAUGAAAUGAGGACUAACGGCCCCAAAAAAGGAGGUGGCUCUAAGUAAAACUGGGGUUGGACAAUACUGGUACGACUGGUCCAUGCUGCCUGAAGCCUAGGAAUGCAUCGGCCCUGGAGUGACCACAUCUUUGCUCCUGCCUGGAAGACACUGAGCAUCUAGCUUUCCCAGUAUUUUAAACUAUGUCCCCAGUACAUGUCUCAUUAGAAAAUGAAUUAUGACAAAGUUGUGAAAUAAAGGUUUAUAUCUCUAGUUUGUAAA